CCCGGGGCUGGGCGGGGCCGGCGUGCGAAGGCCGCGUCCGGGGGAGCCGUGGUGACCGCCGCCGGCUGUGACGGCAGCCGGAGGGGUUUAACCGCGGAGUCGGCGGGCGGGAGAGCGCGAAGAGCGCGCGCUCGAGCCCGGCUCAGCCGACGGGGGCGCACGGGGACGCGCGAGCUCCGGCGCGGGGAUGGAGGACGCCGUGGCCGGGCCCCGGCUCCGGGCGGCGGCCGAAGCGGCCGAAUCGCGAGCUCAGCCGGGGGUGACGCUGCGGCCCUUCGCGCAGUUGUCGGGGGAGGCCGAGGCCGACGAGGGCGGCGGCGACUGGAGCUUCAUCGACUGCGAGAUGGAGGAGGUGGACCUGCAGGACCUGCCCAGCGCCACCAUCGCCUGCCACCUGGACCCGCGCGUGUUCGUGGACGGCCUGUGCCGGGCCAAAUUCGAAUCCCUCUUUAGGACGUAUGACAAGGAUAUCACCUUCCAGUAUUUUAAGAGCUUCAAACGAGUCCGAAUAAACUUCAGCAACCCCUUAUCGGCUGCAGACGCCAGGCUCCAGCUGCAUAAGACUGAAUUUCUCGGAAAGGAAAUGAAAUUAUAUUUUGCCCAGACUUUGCACAUAGGAAGUUCCCACCUGGCCCCCCCAAAUCCGGACAAGCAGUUCCUGAUCUCUCCUCCUGCCUCGCCGCCGGUUGGUUGGAAACAAGUAGAAGAUGCUACUCCCGUCAUAAAUUACGAUCUGUUAUAUGCUAUCUCCAAGCUGGGGCCAGGGGAGAAGUAUGAAUUGCACGCGGCGACCGACACCACCCCGAGCGUGGUGGUCCACGUCUGCGAGAGCGACCAGGAGAGCGACAGCGGCGACGAGAUGGAACGAAUGAAGAGACCCAAACCAAAAAUCAUCCAGACGCGAAGGCCGGAGUACGCGCCUCUGCAUUUGAGCUGAACUGGCGAGCCAGGGGGCAGAAGGAUUCCGAGUCACACUGGCGGGGAGGAACCUUGUACUGUGCAGGUGGCGGCUCACGACCUGGGAGGAGGCGGCGCGGGUCGGAGGGGCAGGAACUCCAGUUCCCGGUGCUCGGAGGAGCAUCCGGGCUCCGCCCCCUGGUUCUGAUGCUGCUCCCCCGGGCCGGCGUCCCGGCUUCCAGGAACGCCCCGGGCCCAUCACUGAGCUCAAGGUCAUCGCCCAAGGACAUUAGGGCCCGUCUCGAUGAAAACUGAUAACGAUAGUGUGUCGUACUCGUUCUCUCUGGUAGGUUCUGUGUUUGUCGAGGGCAGCCUCAUCCCCGGGUGCGGGGGGAGAGCCUUGUCUUUCUGGCCAGCCUGCGGGGAGGCUCUCUCUACUGCUGGGAGGAGGCACCCCCGAAGCCUCGAAGGGUCUGGUGCAGAAACGUCGUGAAAACGAGAACAAGGCAAUGUGGGAUUUGUAGUGUUUCAUUUUUCUCCCCCCUCAUGUUCUAAUGUUUGUGCAUGUAUAUUACUGAUUUUCAGAACUAACCCUUGUUCGUGUAUAGAGUUAUGCCAUUGUUGUUUUGCAUCUUCUGGAGGACGGGAGAGCGUUUGGAAAAUCGGUCACCUUUCCAGAUUCAUGACUCUCUUUGCAACAGCACCCGCACGGGGCGUCCCAUCUGGAUACAUCAGCCCCCGUCCUUUCCCACGCCACAUCUACCUGUGCUUUGGCAAAAAAAGUCAAUCUGAAAUUCCUAUGUCAGGUUUCACUCUAUAAAAAAUUCAAAGAAUAGCAGUUUCACUGCCAACUUUUAGUGGGUGAGAAAUUUUAGUUUUGGUCUUUUGGGUCAGACAUUGGUUCCAUUUCUUUCUUUUACAUGGCGAUUUACACACAUGAAUCAUAGCCCCCCCCCCCAAAAAAUAAAAACACCUUUUGGGGGAGUUCUUGGUUGAGAUAGUUGACUUUUUUUUUACCCCACUAAAACAUCAAGAUAAACUUGUAAAUAAAGCUGAUAGCAUAUAUUCAUACCUAUUGUACACGUGGGCGAAAAAUACGGCUGUGGAAGAAUAGUGUCAGAUAUUACCCUACUCGUGACUUGUGUGUUGUAGAAAAUGCUGUUAAAUGUUGGAAAGGACUUGAAUUCAAAGCAUGCAAAGUGGCUCGUACAUGUGUGGUCAAAUGGAAGAGACGCAGUGCCUUUCCCCAUUAAUUCCUGAUGGAAUCGUUAUACUUGGUUAGUCUGUAAUUUUUUUUUUUCUAGUUGUAAUGUGUACGUCCGGUAAAGAGGUAUUCUAUUUUGGCCUUACAAUACCAUAGCAAAAUUGGUCGUUUUGAAAUACCUAAUGCCAAGUAACAGUGCAUGCUUUGGAAAUUCGGAAGGUGGUUUCCUUUACGAAGCAAAUACAUUUGAUUGUUCCUAUCCAGAAAUUGACUGAAUGUUCUCAAACCCCUGUUUACAGUACUUGCUGAAGGGGGAGGCAGGCGAGGGAGAGACCAUCGCAUAGCUGUUCAAAUGUUCCUGGUUAAGUGCUUUUAAACUGGAGAGGCUAACCUCAAAAUAUUUUUUUUAACUGCAGUCUAUAAUAAAUCAACACAAUAUACUCUUUA